AUGGUCCUGCAACAGCUCAAUACUGAGCUGCUCUCAUGCAGACUCUUACGAUCGCCCCAAUGCCCCACACAAAAUGCUACAGAUUUUAAUACUUGUAACUGUGGGGUGAUGGUCGAACAACUGAAAGCUAGGUUUCAGCUUGUGAGUUCCAACUUCACCCAGUCAGUGCAAGCCAUGAAGAUGGAAAUGGAGGAGAUUGCCAAAGAAAGGGACAACCUCAACUUGGAGACUAUCAAGCUGAGGAGGGAUAUCGCCACAAAAGAAAAGCAGCUGCAGAUCUACGAGAAAACAUCCAAAGAUGAGUUUUCCCAGUCCUUGGGUUCGGUCUACAAUGUUUCCAGGGCUUUUCUGCACAAGAUCGAUUCCCUCUUCCCUGCACACAUCGCCUUCCAGCUCACCUGUCCGAAACAGAGGGAACACCUGGAACAGAUCCGCUCCAACUGCACCAACCUGUCCAGAGAGGUGGAAGACAAGCUCCAGCGUUACAUGAAUACCGUGGGAAAUCAUGUGGCAGGCAUCCAGCAUGAGAACAUCCGCUUGAAGGCUGAAAACUGGCGAUUCGCUGAAGACUACCGCUCGUGCAGCCAGGAGCGCGCAGGCAUGGUUGAGCAACACAAACAGAACCUAGAAAAACUUCAGCAGAAGCACGAUCAGGACCAGGAGAGACUCCUGAGGGAAAAGAAGAGGCUAAGCGGAGAGAAAGAGGUCUUAGAAAGCACCGUCAAUUAUAAAACUAAAGAGAUUGAGAGCCUUAUGCAGCAAAUCGAAAUUCUCAACAAGUCCAAGACAGGGUUUGGAUAUACUGGAGCCCUGGCCCUUCAGCCAGGCACACCAGUACAGAAUCGCUGGGCUGCCGGCUCUAAUUCUCCAAGCUCUACCAGUUUCGGUCAGCAGGGUAAGACAGGGUCAACUGGACUGUUAGGCCAAGGUUCUAGCUCACUUGGAUCAUUCAAUAAACCUGCAUCAACUCUACUGGGUGCAACUGGAGCAAGCUCCUCAAAUACACCCUUGUCCACUGGGUCAAGAGUCAGCUCUCCUGGGUCAGGACUUAACAAUCCCAGUCUUAGCUCAGGUGGAAUAGGCUCAAAUAACCCAUUAUUGAGUGGGAGAGGCUCUUCUUCCAUCGGGUCUUCCUCUGGGUCAUCAGUGUCUACUCCUAACCUUAGCUCAAAUUCGUUUUCCUUGAAUAAGCAAACAUCAAAUACAAGAAGCUCUGGCUUAGGUUUAGGAUUAGGUUCAUCCUCCUCCUCUUCCUCCUCCUCCUCCUCAUCAUCAUCAUCAUCAACAAGUAAAACUGCCUUUGGGCUUAAUUGGUUUGGGAGCAGUAACUCAGGUCAAAGUAAAACACCAAGCAUACCAGGGAAAGGAACGUCAAGUGGUACCAGUACUGGAGCUGGAUCGCCAUUUGGUGCAGGAAAACCCAAUGGAAUGACAGGCAACAUCGCUCAGCACAUACAAAAUCUACAACGCCUGAUCAACCCGCCUGGCCCACAGGAGCAACAAGAAGUCUCCAGAAUGCUGGGUUAACCGUAUCAUUUUUAUAAUCUGUUGUUAUCUGUUACACAUGGCUUCUCAUAUUGAGUUCUCACAUUGUCUAUACAUAAACGUACUGUAUAAUACGCUCUGCUUACGACAGGUAAUGUUUCAGUAUGCAUGUAUGAAAUCCAUUCCAAUAACUUGCACUUUUACAUUUAAAAUGUGAAGCUUUGUCAUGUGUGUAUGAAUAAUGGCAUCUAGUAUUUAGUAUAUAGUAUUUUUACACUGUAAAUACAAAGAUAAAAAUAAAGGUUUUGUUUAAGCCUAAGUAUGUAAA